UUAAUGUUCAAAUGUUGUUUUUUUAUUCUGUCAUCAUUCAUUUAUUAAAGUCUGUGUGAUCGGGGCCGAAUUUUUGAUACGCGUGCAUCACUGCGUUUAAUGUGUUAAUGCAGUUUAUUUUACAAUAGCUGACAACAACAUGAAUAUAAUUAUAUCUUUGUGAAUAUAUCGUCUUUAAUAUCGUGGGGUACUCUGGUGUUUUCAGAAUAUGAAACUCUAUUUGUACACAAUUAUUAUCACCAGAACACUUAUUGUGUGUAGCGUCUACAGUUUGUAUUUACACAUGAUGUGUAUUUUGUUUAAUAUGAUAUGUUACAGACUGUAGACUUUUUAUCCCUCUGUAUAGUGUUGUGGAGCACAAAUACUGUUGUGUUUAUAGUCUGAAAACAAAGUGAAAUGUGCUCAUAUAUUACCAUUUUGAGCUAUGACUGAUCGUUUUACAUCUGAGCCAAACACAUACAAACAUGAGAAGAAAUAAACUGCCUUUAAUGUUAUUUUGAGGUAUUAAACAUGGAAACAGACCUUUGAUGAUUGUGUAGUAUUGUGUUGAAAUAUUCCUGCUGUUCAUAGAUCUGUUGUGUCAGAUGUGGAGAUUAUGGUUCUCAACCUUUGUGAAGCACAUUUCCAGACCACAAUACAAUGCAACAAGCUGUGUGCCGACGGUUACGAUGUCACCAAUCUUUUGUCCGAAGACCCUCUGACACGCCGCAGAGGUCUCAGACUGGAAUAUUUCCUGCUGCCUCCGCUGCACGUCACCCUGGCCUUCCGGGUCAAGAUGGAGCUGUGUCGGGUGGAUGUGGAGUUGUGGCCCUGGCGUUCGGAUCAGGGGAAAAAGUCCCGCAGACUGGAGAUCUUCAGCUCUCCGGAUGGAGACGGCGGACAGUUCAAGCUCGUGUCUCGGUGUGAUUUGCAGGACGAAGUUCAGGUGCGUUUCCAUCACCCAAACUUUAAACCUCGAGCCCCGUUCCUCGAUCCUCCACCGCAGGGCCCGGCGCAGAUCAGACGUGUGGAUCUCUGGAGCCGCGGGCCGCAGUCUCUGGACUCUGUGGCUCAGCUCCGGGUCAGUAUUCCAUACAGCGGAGCUGCCACCGCGCUGGGAAUCAAGUCUCUGGCUGUUUGGGCCGUGCCGGCUCGCUGCUGUUCGUCUUCUGAAGUGGAGAAGUUUCACGAGGGGCACCUGAAGAGUCUGCGGAUCAACCCUCCGUCAGCUGUUCCCACCUCAGAACCUCUGGAGCCGGACGAUGUCCCACCUGAUAUUCCAGAAGAGUUCCUGGACCCGCUGACACAAGAACUCCUGGUGUUUCCCAUGAUCUUACCCAGUGGAAUGGUGAUAGAUAACAGCACUUUAGAGGAAUACCAGAAGAGAGAAGCUACAUGGGGCCGUCUGCCCAACGACCCGUUCACCGGUGUUCCUUUCGCACAAAACUCCAAACCUCUGCCCAACCCUCUGCUCAAAAGCCGCAUUGAUCGUCUGGUGCUGCAGACGGGAUGCACAAGAGUCCAGAACAAACUCACGAACAAACCGCAAGCCUCCAGACUCAUCGUAUCGACCGAAACCUGCACAAACUCUAACAGCGGUGACGAUGAUCCAGAACCUACAGCGUCACAGUCAAGAUCUCUAGAUGACGCUAGACGCGAUGAGCCUGUGGCCUGUACAAGAGAGUCAGCCCUCACGAGCAGAAAAACUCUUAAAAGAAAGUAUGAGUGUAGUUUUCCUUCCAGCGCGGUUGUUUGUGAUGCUGUAACACAUGAGACGGUCGCUCACACCACCACAGAAUCUCACGAGCAGCGUUUGGCACACAGUUUAGAUGAAGCUCUCAAUCAAGCCCUUCAUGGAUUACCCACAUUCACCUCACAGAGUAAAUCAGCCUCCAGCCGUGACGCUUCAGAUGGUCAGCACAAAUGUUUGUUUUGUUCGUGUUUGAUGAGUGUUUAUUCUUGGAGCGUGUUGUCGUACUCUCUGCCCUGUGGACAUCUCAUGUGUGGAGCGUGUUUACAGAGCAAACGCCCUUCAGACUCUCAGAGGUUAAAGAUCGAAUGCCCCGCGUGCGGCACGUUUGCUUCCAGCGGUGACAUCACACGGGUGCAUCAUUAAACCACGCUUAUGUCUUUGUUUUUUUUUAUAAAAUAAAGAAAUGAACAUGUAUUUUACUGUGUCAAGUUCAGUACAGUAUCUGUAAGUUUUAUAAAAACAAUGUGAAGUUUAUUUCUGUUGUGCUUUUCACAAUUUUGUGUUUUUGCAAAGCAGCUGAACAGAAAACACUAUAAAAAUAAAAAUAUGAUAUUUAAGCAAA